CAUUGGUAACCCCAAUUGUCAGCUGUCAAUUUUGUUGUGGUUCGACGGCGUGCUCUAAACUCUUAAAGAUUCCUAGUGCAUUAUUGAAAAUAAAGUAUAUUUAAAUUAAACAUAUAAAUGAUCGUUAAAAUGAAACAAAAGAAACGCCAUUCAGGCUUACCGCCACCACCACCCGCAGAAGAGUUGGAGGAAAUGCCACAGGAUGACAAUAUGCAGAAUUCGAGUGAUGAACAAUCGGCGCAAUCAGAUCUGGAGCAAGAAAACACAAUAGCAACAACUAGCAAUAAAGGGAACACUGUUGAUGAAGCUGGUGUUGAUGAUGACGAUGACGACGAUGAAAUGGAUUUGGGCAAUUUCAGCGUUAAGCCAAAAAAGAAACGCAAGAAGGGCAUCAUUUACAUAUCGAAUAUACCCAAACACAUGAAUGUCACGAGAAUGCGUGAAAUCUUAGGAGAGUAUGCUAAAAUUGGACGCGUGUACUUGCAACCAGAAAAGCUACCAGGCGCCAACGAUAAAAAGAAGAAACGCAAACGCUUAGCGCGUCACUUCACAGAAGGCUGGGUUGAGUUCGAGUCAAAACGUGCGGCCAAACAAAUUGUUGAGCUGCUAAAUAAUAAACAAAUCUCAACACGUAAAAAAUCACAAUUCUACGACUAUAUGUGGAGCAUGAAAUAUCUGCCACGCUUCAAAUGGGUGCAUCUCACAGAGCGUAUGAACUAUGAGCAAGCUGUGCAUAAGCAACGUUUACACACUGAGGUGUCACAGGCGCGCAAGGAGACUACAUUCUUCCAGAAUAAUCUUGAUAAGAGCGAGUACUUGAAAAAACAAAGUAAAAAGGCAAAUAAAAGCAAAAAUGCGGGCGCACAGGAAACGUGAUGAGUUACCGAGUGUAGCAAUUUUGUGUGGAAAAUAAUAUGUUUAGUGAAUUAUUGUGUUUUUAAGAAGUUAAUAAAAUAAAAAGUACAAUUUUUUGUAAUGUUUAAAAGAAA